AUGCCGCAGCGAUCGCCUUUCGCGAUUCAAGAGCUUUUGGGGCUGAACGGGACAGGUAACUCCACUAAUACAGAUCGAGGUUCACCCCAGAGUUCACCGCCAGUUGGUGUAUCAGCUGUCUCUUACGCACCAACAACACCCCAUCAUAAAAUAUGGGACUACAUGCCGAGUUUGACGAAUCAUCUCGGAAACUUGGGAAACCUCGGGAAUUUAACUGCCUCAAGGAUGGCCUACUUGAAUGCUCAAGCGGCUGUCGCUGCUGCAUUCUUACCACCUCCACAUCCACAUCCAGCUCAUCAUGUUGCCCAUCACCAGGUGCAUCAGGCUGGUCAAUUACCAUCAUCACCCGGAAUUAAUGUACAUCCAGCAACAGCUCAUGCACAACACGUAUUACCCGGUGCUGCAGCAUCUUCAAAUCAUCAUCAGCACAGUCCAAGUCAUCAGCACACCUCCACCCACGGUUCAUAUGGUUGUUGCUCCAGGACGAUCUUCACGUCUCAACAGCUGGAGGAGCUGGAAGCGGCAUUCAAAGAAGCUCAUUAUCCCGAUGUUUAUGCCCGUGAGAUGCUCAGCCUGAGAACGGAUUUGCCAGAGGACAGAAUACAGGUGUGGUUUCAGAAUCGACGAGCGAAAUGGCGUAAAACUGAGAAGUGCUGGGGUAGGAGUACCAUAAUGGCGGAGUACGGUUUAUACGGUGCAAUGGUACGGCAUUCUUUGCCACUUCCAGAAACAAUUCUCAAGAGUGCAAAGGAGAAUGAGUCAGUCGCACCAUGGUUACUCGGGAUGCACCGAAAGUCGAUUGAAGCAGCGGAGCAUCUCAAAUCUGGUGGGGAGGAUAGUGGCAAUGAUCAUGCUGGCAGCAGUGGUAGUCCUCAUCACAAUCAUCACCAGGGUGGACCAACCAGUUCAGAGAGUGGACAGGAAAGUCAAGAUGGAAUGGGCAGCGCAUCGACAGGUGUCGUUCAGGAUACGGAACAGUUAAGGAACGAGAGUAUCGCAUGUCUGAGAGCGAAAGCCCAACAACAUCAACUGCAACUGAGUCUGCAGCCAGCAUCAUCCUCAACAGCUAAUGCUAGUACCUCAGCACCCGGAAGCACCUCAUAUCCGACCGGACCACCGGGCAAUACACUUCACGCCUCGGUUUAAUUCACAAAUACUAUCCUAUAAUCAUCUCCCAAUAACACCCACUAAGUGCUUGAACCAUCGAUGUAUUGCAACCCGGUUAUUUCAAUUACCAAUGGAGAUCCAUGCUACUUCAUUUCCGUUGAAUAUCCACUCUAGAUGGUGAAUUCACAUUUCCCGAUGGCAUUUCUGCAAUUAACAUCAAUACACACUUCUACGGAUACACCACUAAAAUACCCACACGGAGGGAAAUGUUCAAUAACAAUAACGUAAUUCGUAAUUCACUUACCCAUUAUUAUGGAAGCGACUCAGAAAAUUUUAAUCCUGCUAUCGUCCACUCUUGGAAUAUUACACUUGAAAUUUCAAAUUAAAAAAUUGAAAUUUUUAACAACGACAAAGUCAUGUUAAAUAUCUCUAGAAGAAGUCAUCAAUGAUUUAAUUAAUUUCCGGAAUAUUCUGGUGAUUUUCAAUUUUUAUUUCCGUGAAGACCCGUGAAAAUGUUAAAAAUUGAGGCAAUCAUUUUGAGGAUUUUUCAAUCUAUUGACAACUUAAUUGCAUUUCAUGGUAAAUCUUUAACAUCAAUUUAAAAAUUCAAGCUUUCAUUAAAAAAUCAAUCA